AAAAAAAAAAAAAAAAAAAAAAAAAAAAAAAAAAAAAAGGACGGACUAAAUUAAGAGUCUUUUUCUCGUGUAAGCUGCACCCCCUCCGUUUCUCUUCCAUUGAAAGCGGCUUCUGAGCUUUCUCUCCUCCAUUGAAGCAGCUUCUGAGUGAUUAUACAUGGUGGAUCUGCGUAUUUUGAUAUGUUGGUGCAGUUGUCGCCUUGCUGGGAUCGUGUCGGUUCAAAUUCAAUGUGUCACCAAAGCUCAUGUCCAUGUGUAACGGUGGAAGAGGAUGUUGCUGCAGAAGAAUGUCUUUUAGUAUACUGUAAACCAGUUGAAUUAUAUAAUAUACUUCAACGCCGAGCUCAUCAAAAUCCUUCAUUUCUUCCUAGGUGCUUGAACUACAAAAUUGAGGCAAAAUGGAAAGCAGGAUUGAUGGAUGGAAAUGUAAUUUUCAACUAUAGAGACCACAGCAACUUGCUUAGAAAGACCGAAGUUACUAGACAGUUUUCAUGUCCUUUUUGUCUGAUGAGAUGUGGCAGCUUCAAGGGUCUCCGUUCUCAUCUGAUCACGUCACAUGACCUUUUUAAAUGUGAAUUUUGGGUGACCGAAAAGUAUAGAGCCAUUAAUGUCUCCGUCAAAACUGAUGCACUACAUUCAGAGAGUACUGCUGGUGGAAUUGAGCCUCGAUUGCAAUUAUUUGGAUUCUGUUCAAGGCCUCGAAAGCGCAAACGUCCAGAAGAUCCUCAUGAGAAUGGGAAAUAUGUAUAUCCCCAUGUGUUGGAAUCAGCCUUGCCUGCACUGGCCACUGGGAGUAAUGAGGGUGAGAAAGAUCCAAGUGCCUGUCCAAUGUCACAUAAUCCAAGAACAGGAGAGUUGUGUUAUUCUUAUGAAAAUGGUAAUGCAAAUGGCAUGGAUUAUGUUGCGGCCAACAGUAAUCCAGGGGUUCCAGUAGCUAGAGCUCUGCCCCUGGAAGACAUAGACUGUGUUCAAAGCACAUGUGCAGACAAGAUGAUGUCUUUGACGCUGCUUCCGGCUGCAAAGUCAAGAAAGCUUUCAUCUGAGCGGACUGAGCCUAGAAGCACUUUGCUCCUGCAGAAGCGGCAAUUUUAUCAUUCUCACCGAGCUCAGCCAAUGGCUCUGGAACAAGUAUUGUCAGACAGAGAUAGUGAGGAUGAAGUAGAUAAUGACAUUGCUGCUCUUGAAGACAGAAGGAUGCUUGAUGAUUUUGUUGAUGUGACCAAAGACGAGAAACACCUAAUGCAUCUGUGGAACUCAUUUGUUCGACAGCAGAGGGUUCUGGCUGAUGGUCAUGUUCCCUGGGCUUGUGAAGCAUUUUUGAAAGUUCAUGGCAAGUUGUUGAUUGAAUCGCCUGCUCUUUUCUGGUGUUGGAGGUUUUUUAUGAUCAAACUCUGGAAUCAUGGUCUUCUUGAUGCCGGUAUUAUGAAUAAUUGCAGCAUACUUCUUGAGAAACGAGAUGAAGCUUCCACUGAUGGAAAUUCGCUCAAACACCAACAAAAAUAAGCUGAAGGAGAUGAUGUGUUUAUGCUCAAAAGUUAGGGUAUCAUCUGGCCUCUAUUCUGUACAUUCCUUUGUCUUGAGAAGCGUUUACAUCCGGAGAAGGGGUGUUGGACUGUUGGCGCUCUGUAGGCAAUUGAGCUAUAAAGUUAGACUAGUAGAGGCUUUCCAUAUCCAAAGUAAUGUAAUAAUUGAUUCUAAAUAUAACUUACCAGAAUAAUAUGUACGCGUUUAUGCUAUUUAUCAACUGACCACAUUCUUUUUCUGUAUCAAACUCUUUAAUCUUCAUGUGUUCUAUUAACCCAUUGUUAGAUUAUAGACCCAGGAGCUACAAUGUAAGAUUGUCAUUGAUGCUCUCAAUCAAUGUUCUAUCUCAUAGUCAGGGUCGUCGCUGGGGCGGGGCAGGUGGGGCAACCGCCCAGGGCCCAAAGUAAGAAAGCCCAAAAAUGGUUAUACUGGUAAAAAUUAGGAGCCUAAAAAAAAAAAAAAAAAAAAA